CCACGUCUCGGGCAGGAGCCGGCGCCGGGCGGGCGGCCUCAGGGAUACAAAAGGACUCGGAGGCCGGAAUGCUCUUCCAUUUAAUGCUGGGAAUGGGUUGUGCAGAGGAAAGCCAUUCUUCAUCACCUUGAUCAUUUAAACGCGUUUUAUGACAAGGACAACAAACCAUCUCUUGUUGGCUGGAUUUUGACAAGAGGAUGCAGCUCCUUGGUGAUUGCGACUUUGGCUGUGAGCUGUUUCCAUGAUGUGGAGUUAGAGCUGCCUGCUGCACACCACCAGCUCUACAGCUCACAACUGUGCUCUUGUGGGACACUUUGAUGCUGCUCUUGCUGAUGGAGAGAAACAGGACUUGGUAGUUCACUUGGUGGCAAAUUGUUGAGAAGAAGAACUUUCCAGGGAUCUGGAUAAUUUUUACCAUGGACUCCUCAUCUGUUCAGCAGGAUGUUCACUUGGAGAGCAGGAGCAGUAAUGGGGCUCCCAGCAGCCCUGAAGAACUUUCAGAUUGUAAACCCAAGUCACAGCUACUUACUACAGAUGAAAUUAACACUACCAGUAAUAACAUCAAUGAAGUGCCAAAUGAAGAGGGAAGUCUGGAGAUAAACAGCAAAGUGGAUGCCUGCCAGAAUGGGCCAGAGUCACUCUGCCUUGACUCUCCUGGGUCUUUUGAUCCUACCAGCAGUGAGCAGGGUGAAGAGUCAUCCCCAGGUGUGACUGGUUUCCAUGACAGCCUAAGGAAGUCUCAGGGAACUAGUGCUGAGGGCCUAGCUCUUAGAAAAGAAGCUUUGCAGUCUCUCAAACUAAGUCUUCCCAUGCAAGAAACUGAAUUGUGCUCAGGAGAGUCUUCACUGCCACUGGAAAAUGAAGAACAAAUCAGACUUCAGGCAAGAAGGCGUCUGGAAGAGCAGCUCAAACAAUACCGAGUGAAGAGACACCAAGAGAGAUCAAGUCAGUCUACAUCCAAAACCCGUCCCUCCAGCACCCUGGAUCCCGAGCUGAUGUUGAAUCCAGAAAUCCUGCCAAGAGCCAGCACUGUAGCAAUGACUAAAGAAUAUUCCUUUCUGCGGACCAGCGUCCCCAGGGGGCCAAAGCUGGGUAGCCUGGGACUUCCAGCAUCCUCAAAAGAAAAAAGAAGCUCAAAAUCUAAGGCCAGCAAGAUCCGCUCCUUGGCUGACUACAGAACUGAAGAUUCAGAUACUCGAAAUGCUGCUGGGAAUUCUGUGGCUACUGACUUACCUGGGGGGGCUGUGAUGCAAAGCAGAAGUGGCCCAACAUCAGUUGUGUCUGAGAUCAGUCUGCCCUCUGACGUGGAUGAUCGAGUGGAGAAUUCCUCCUUGGCAGGAGACAGCAUUUCAGAGAUUGAUGGCAGUGAAGUGGGAAUGAGGCUGGAUGGAAAUGAGAGUGACAGCUCUACCUACAGCAGUGUGUCAGGGAAAGGGCUCUAUAGCAGUUUGCAGAAUGCAGAAGGCAAACAGGACACUCCAUAUACAAUAAAUGGCCAGAAGAUACAUCCUGAAGCCAUGGGGCAAUUUCCUUCCCUCAGUGAGGUGCUGCAGGCUGCAGCAGUGGAGCACCAGGCCCAAGAGCAAGAAGUUAACGGGGAGGUUCGGAGCAGGAGAGACAGUAUUUCUAGCAGUGUUUCCAUGGAAAGCUCCAUUGCAGGGACUCAUGACGAGAUGCUGCAGGUUAUGAAGGAGAAGAUGAGACUUGAAGGGCAACUAGAAGCACUCUCACUAGAAGCUAAUCAGGCUCUCAAAGAGAAGACUGAGCUACAAGCCCAACUUGCAGCUUUGAACAUGAAGCUUCAGGCACAGAUGGAGCACAGCCAAAGCAGCCAGCAGAAGCAGGAAUCCCUGAGCUCAGAAGUGGCCACAUUAAAGCAGUCUUGCUGGGAUCUGGAACGAGCAAUGGCUGACCUGCAAAAUGCCUUGGAAGCAAAGAAUGCCAGCUUGGCUUCUUCAAACAAUGAUUUGCAGUUAGCAGAGGAGCAGUACCAGAGACUCCUGCAGAAGGUUGAAGAUAUGCAAAAAAAUGUUCUCACCAGAGACAGUACAGUUCAUGACCUGCGCCAGCAGUUGGCUUCCCUGCAGACCCAGCUCCAGAAGGUGCAGCUGGAAAGGACCACUCUGACCAACAAGCUGAAGGCAUCUGAAACAGAAAUCACAUCUCUCCAGAAUGUGAGGCAGUGGUACCAGCAGCAGCUGGUCCUGGCACAGGAGGCCCGUGUCAGGCUGCAGAGUGAGAUGGCCAAUAUACAGGCUGGGCAAAUGACUCAAGCAGGGAUGUUGGAACAUCUCAAACUAGAGAAUGUGGCCCUGUCUCAGCAGCUGACUGAAACCCAGCACAGGUCCAUUAAAGAAAAGGAACGAAUUGCAGCACAACUACAAAAUAUUGAGGCUGACAUGUUAGAUCAGGAAGCUGCCUUCAUGCAGAUCCAGGAGGCCAAAACCAUGGUGGAAGAAGACUUGCAGAGAAAACUGGAGGAGUUUGAGGAUGAGAAAGAACAGCUUCAGAAAAUGGCUGAUUCUGCAGCAACAUUGGAGCAAGAAUUGGAACAGGUCAAGUUGACUUUGCAUCAGCGAGAUCUGCAGCUUGAAUCCUUGCAGCAAGAACACCUUGACCUGAUGAAGCAAUUGACUCUAGCCCAGGAGACCCUGCACACCAAAGAGCAGUCCCUGGAUGACCUGCAAACACAGUAUGAUGAACUAAAGGCCAGGCUAGAAGAGCUCCAGAGUGAUGCUGCUUCUAAGGAUGACACAAUCCAGUAUUUGCAGAAUGAGAAGAUUGUGUUGGAGGUGGCUCUGCAGGCAGCAAAAGCAAGUAAAGAGCAACUUGAUGAAGGGGCAACACGCCUUGAAGAAGGUACAGAGGUAACAUCAGAAAUCUUGGAGCAGCUGAAGCAGGAAAUGGCAGUCAAGGCAAGCCAGGUGGAAAAUCUGCAACAAGAAAAUGCCAGCCUCAAAAAACAGCUUCAAAAAGUGAAGGAACAGUUCCUGAAGGAGAAGGUGAUGGUGGAAGCUUACCGAAGAGAUGCCAGCUCCAAGGACCAGCUCAUCAGUGAGCUGAAAGCGACAAAGAAGCGGCUGGACUCGGAGCUGAAGGAGAUAAAAAAGGAGCUGCUGAAAAUCCAAAUUGAGAAACAGUCACUCGAAUCUGAGCAUUCAAAACUACAGAAGGAAGUAUCUCAGGUUCGCCAGCAGAUGGUGGAACUAGAAAAUCACCUCCAGUCAGUGCAGAAAGAACGAGAUGAUAUGGAAACACGCCUGCAGUCUUUGCAGUUCGAUAAGGAACAAAUGGAAUCUCUUGCUGAGGCAAAUCAGGCAUUAAAACAACAAGUAGAACAAAUGCAAGAAGAAGCAAAAAAGGCCAUUACAGAGCAGAAACAGAAGAUGAAGCGUCUCGGGUCAGACCUGACAAGUGCUCAGAAAGAGAUGAAAGCAAAACACAAAGCCUACGAGAAUGCAGUCAGCAUUCUCAGUCGGAGGCUGCAGGAAUCUCUUACUGCAAAGGAAUCUGCUGAGGCAGAGCUGAGCAAACUAAAAGCACAAAUUACUGAUGGUGGGAAUGACCAGAUUGCUCAGGAGAAGAUCCAAGCUCUGAAGACAGAACUGCGAGCUCUGAGCAGCAGUAAGUUGAUGCUGGAAAAAGAGUUGCAAGAAGUGAUUUCACUGACCAGCCAGGAGCUUGAAGAAUACAGAGAGAAAGUGCUGGAACUUGAAGAUGAGCUUCAGGAAUCUAGAGGCUUCAGGAAGAAGAUAAAACGUUUAGAAGAAAUGAAUAAGAAGUUGGCCCUUGAACUGGAGCAUGAACGUGGAAAACUUACAGGUCUCAGCCAGUCCAACGCUGCUUUGAGGGAACACAACAAUAUCCUUGAAACAGCAUUAGCAAAAAGAGAGGCAGACUUGGUACAAUUGAAUCUACAGGUUCAGGCAGUCCUAAAGCGGAAAGAGGAAGAGGAUCAGCAAAUGCAACAACUUAUUCAAGCUUUACAGGCUUCCCUAGAGAAGGAAAAGUUAAAAGUUAAAGAGCUUCAGAAGCAGGAAGCAGCAGCCAAAGCGGACGCAGCCCACAACCGGCGACACCACCGCGCAGCGAUGCUGGAGCUCAGCGAGGUCAAGAAGGAGCUCCACGCCAAAGAGCUGCUGGUCCAGGCCCUGCAGGCUGAGGUGGACAAGCUGCAGGUAGAGGAUGAAAAACAUUCCCAGGAGGUGUCUCAGUUCCAGCAAGAGCUGGCAGAAGCCACAUCUCAGCUCCAAGUUCUGCAGAAAAACCUGGAUGACAAACUUAGUGAACAGCCUCUAAUAAGCCAAGAGGUGGAAGACUUGAAGUGGGAAGUGGAACGAAAAGAAAGAGAAAUUGAAACACUUAAGCAGCAGCUGGACAUGACUGAACAGCGCAGCCACAAGGAGUUAGAAGGGAUACAAGUUGUCUUGCAGAACAUCAAGACUGAGUUGGAGAUGGUGAGGGAAGACCUGUCAGCAACUCAGAAGGAUAAGUUUAUGCUGCAGGCUAAAAUGACUGAACUGAAGAACAGCAUGAAGUCACUGCUGCAGCAAAACCAGCAGCUGAAGUUGGACCUGAAGCAUGGCAAGAUGAAGAAGAGGAAAGAACUGAAAGGCGAGAAUAACUCUUCCAAUCCAGUGACUCCAGUCAAGAUUCCUGAUUGUCCAGUGCCUGCUGCCUUGCUGGAGGAACUGCUGAAACCAACAGCUGUGAGCAAGGAGCCUCUGAAGAACCUGAACAGCUGUCUCCGGCAGCUAAAGCAAGAAAUGGACAGCCUUCAGCGGCAGAUGGAGGAACACACCAUUACAGUACAUGAAUCAAUGUCUUCAUGGACUCAGAUUGAGGGCAAGUUAAUGGACCUUACUUCUACAAGUCCUACAAGUGCAUCAGACCAGCAGGAGACUCCUACUGCAGAUGAAAAGAAGGAGAAUUGUAGUGUUAGUGACAAGGAAGCUUUGACACUAUAACCUCUUUAUCAGUUGUCUUUCUUCCUAUUGCUUCAAGUAUAUAAACAAAUCUUUAUAAAAAUUAUUUAUUUCAUUUUUUUAAAUGGUGUUCAGAGUUGUGCUUUUGCCUGUAGAAGCAAAGGGCACCAAUUUAGAAUCUGAUGGAAUAGUAAAUGCAGAAUGUGCUAUUCUAAGGGUUUGUUUGAAACAGUUCUGUCACGUUGGGUACUGCCAAGUGGUGAAUCUAGCUCAUUUGAGGGUUUAGUAAGAGAUUGAGAUGAAGAUUUAAAAUGAGGUCAAGAGGAGCAUCUGGUUUCAAGUACGUAAUUGUUCAAUCUGGGUGAGUUUGUUAAGGAAUUACUGUUAAUUAUGUAACAUCUAGGUUUUCUUGUUUGGUUUUCUUUUUUCAUUUGUGGGAGUAGGAUGUAUUUUUUCCCUCAUCUUGGAUAGUAGCCAAACUACAGUGAAAAACAAGUUCUCAUGUUCAGCCAUUAGCAGUGGUUGAGAACUGGACAUGCUGAUUAUUCUCCUGUCCCUCCUAUAACCUCUUAUUUUUGAAAUGCAGAUUAUAGACAUCUGUAUUUGAAGGAAAAUAAGUUAUUGUAAGCCAUUUCCAGUUUUGAAGAUGACCUCUGACCUAUAGCAGAAGAAACAAGGCUGUUAAGACAAGCAGUGCAGAGCAUUGGUAUCUUUGGCAGAUUUGCCUGGCACGUUUGCUGAUGUUUUUCUCUUACAGUCACAGGCCAGUAGUGAGCUUUGCUUCACUGCACAAAUACUUUGCACCUUUUUAUUUCAAGUUUUGAAGUAGACACCCAGUUAAAAGUAUGUGUGUAAAAUAUAUAUAUAUAUAUAUAUACAUAAGAAAAAAAAUCAUAAUUUUCUGAUUUUGAAUAUCUGGUUUAAUAUGCUUAUAUACUGUAAGUUAAGGCUACAAUGAGGGGUUUUGUUACUGUCAUUGUUUUAAUGUUAUGUUUAAGUUUGCUCUUCUUUGACAUACUGUACAAAUGGCUUAGGGAAAUCAGCCCCUAAAGCCAGAGCUUUUAGAAAUGUAAUUAUUUUUACUUUAAAAGACAUAAUUAUAAUGCCUAUAAAAUUGUUAUUUUUAAUAGCUUUAUCUUCUCCCACACGCUCCCUCUACUUUUUGCACCCUCUAUUCCAAGGUGUCCAGGGUGAAUGGAAGUGUUGGUAUUGUGGCAGUCCCUCUGCAGAGCACCUUGACUAAGUUAUUUUUAAAGCAGCUCACUUAAGUUUCCUUCCUUUGGUCCCAUUGCUCCAUGUGGCUCAUAGUGCAGUGACAAGCCAGCCCUCUCCUCACUCUAAAAUUCAGUGUUAGGGUAUUUGGAAGAUUUAGUGGUUACUCAUGUACUAGAAUAUUUUUGUCCUUAAAACAAGUCAAUUAUAUCCAUUGUAGUUUGAUGUUCACACAAAAAAAAAAAUCUAUUAAGUACAAGUAGAUUCAAAGGCUGGAAAAAAAAAUUCUAGUUCAUGUAUUUUUCCAAAGAGGCUGUCGCUGUUUCUGGGUUUGGUUGUUGCAGAGGAGGGGGAAGGAUAUUGCAUUUUGUUUAGCAGUAAGGUGAAAAAAAAUAACCAAACAAAACUCCCAAACCCACCUAUAUUUAUCCAAAGUCUGAUUUCUCGUAGCUACCACUUCAAGCUCUAGUCCAGUUGAACACUUUGCACUAUAAAUGUUUUUACUGAAUGAUUUCAUGCCCUGCAGCUACUGGAUUUUAACUUAGAUUUUACUGGGAUCAAAGUCAAGUGAUGCUGACAGUCAAGGUUUUGCAACUGGUAAAGGAAGAAAUGCAUUGAUGUGGUAUUAGAUGCCCAUCAGAUGGAUUUACCAAACAAUUCAAAAUCAAAAGCUUUACAAACUAGCUUAAGACAUGUCUGCACACUGCUGCAGUCUGCUUUGUAGAGUAAAUGGUACUGACUAUCUUGCUGUUGUCAUGUUCUUGAAGUUGCCUGUAUAUUAAGCUCAAAGAAGAAAAAACCAAACCACAGUAUUGUUAAAGAAAUAAAAAUAAACUGUAAUGAAUAAUAUAUUCAGUACAAGAAAACUACCAAAUGUCCAGGAUUUAAAAUAAUACUUGUGCAGCGUUAAUGUUGCUGUUCACUUUAUUAAAUACAUUGCCUACAGUUCAGAAUCCACUAUGUUCUGUUAGUUCAGCAGUGGUCAUAUGGAUAAAGGUUUUAUCUGGUAUCAAAGAAGCCAGGAUUUUUAGAAACUUUCCUAGUUGUUCUGAAUGUCAGCUCUCCUCCUGCUGCAGUUUCUCACUAGCUCCUGAAGACAUCUGAGCUUGCACAAUCUGCCUUAGAUGUGUUUUUCCCUUUCCAAGAUGAGGGAGCUCUUGUGGAUUAGAUUCUGCAUUGGCCCAGCUGCUGCUGGCAGUACCUGGACACUGGGCAUUGUCCUCUUAUAUUCACCAUGUGCUUUUUCUACAAACACCAUGUCAUUUACUUAAAUGAAGGACAGGGAGACUUCAGAGGGUCUAAAUCUGGUGAGGUACUAAGUGAAGUUACAGAAGUCACUGGGAGGUCUUCUAAAGGAGAUGCAGUGUGUGAUAAAGGCAAGGCCAUUUUUUGAAGCUCAUCAGGUAUGUUUUAAUGACCCAGAGAAAUAGUUGCUGCUUUAUUAAAAAGCCUCACCCUGAGGCUGGCCAUGCUCAGUCUGCAAAGCUUCAGGUCUCUGCUGUCUAGGCAAUAAAAUAACUUAGCUGUAGGAAUGAAAAUUGUCUCCCCUCUGCCUGUCACAGCACUGCCAAAUCAUCAGGAGAAUCUGAAGACUAAUCUCUUAAAAUUUUAUUUUACUUUCUCAACACUACAAUAGAAUGUAUUUUCUGUGUUUCUUUAGUGGAUGCUGUGUACUAAACCAAAUCUAGUUAAUGAAGGAGAAAUGUCACUGCAAUGUGAGAAUGUUCCCCAGUGCUGAAAGCUGGUAAAUGGUGCAGCAUUAUUUUUUCAGAUGCUGUUGAGUUUUUGAGGGCUCUUGAAUAACUGUGCAUUUGAAAAAAAAUCACAACAAAGACCAGCAAAAACCCUACAAAAGAAUAAAAUGUUACUGAGUCUCUGGCAUUGCUGAAUAUUGCAUAAUGCUCCAUUCUGUUGUCUUCCAGAUUUCUUGGAAAUAUUUGUGCACUGUAUUGGGAUCAGCUGAGCCCCCUAUCCACUCAUGCAGCAGGAGGAUCUGAUCCCAUAGUGUUUAUUCAGGCAAUAUCCUAGCAGAAAUCUAUGGGAUUUUCACAUGUGUAAAGUAAUAUCCAGGAUGAACGUUCUACUGUUCAUAUUGUCAUGGAUUAUAUUUUCCUCCUUAGGGGAGAGAACUGCAGUGGCACAGCUAUUUUAGUGUCAGCUGUGACAACAUCAGAGGUGUGCUGGGGACAGGUGGUAUUACCAAUAUAAAUUUACCUUAAGGAUGACAAAUUCACUCCUGGUGAUGCAGAAGCUUGUGAUGUACAUUUUAUUAACUUUGUGGGGAAAGUGGGAAUAAUUGCAUGUGACUUGCUGUGAUCAGAGCCUUUAAGUAUUUUCUGUGAAAGCAAUUGCUGUCCAGAGGAAUUACUAAUGCUCAACAGCUGUCAUCUGAUCCCUCUGCCUCCUACUAAUGAGCAACACUUUGGUCUUGGGCAGCCUCAUUUCCAAUACAGAUGCACAGAUUUCUAGGGGAGGGAAAGAUGUUCUGGGUAUUGUAAAUGAAAUGGUCUAUUUCACGUAUGACAUUCAGUAAUGUCUGCUUAGGCCGUAUUUGUAAAGAUAGAAGUUAAUAAUUCCAUGUUCUUGAAGAAUGGAUAACCCAGGGGCUGGAGGAGUUACACUAUGUACAAUUAAUGUUUAUGAUCAUACUAAGCAUGUUGAUUAUAAAAAUUAUGUGCAUAGGGAUUCCUUUAAAAGUUUUGUGCAAUAAACUAUUUUUGCUAAAGGG